AUGUUUUCGAUGACUCCGAUCAAAGCUACCUAUGUUGAGAAAAAUAAUUACUUUGCAAUUCAAAAACCUGGUUGGAUCCUCUUUGAGUUGGUCCCAGUGAUUCGUUAAAAGGAAGGUAAUCAUCACUUGGAAUGGGACAAAAAGAAACAUUAUAGUUUAGGUGUUAAAUAGAUCGGAUAAUUGUUGGUCACAAAAAAUAAAGCAUAUGAUGAAGCUUCGAAUUUCCUUAUCACAUAUCAAGCACAAGCAAAUGAUAAGAAACUUUUAAAGAUCAAUAAAACUGCAUAAGACAUCUACCUUUCAAUUUCUUAAGAGGACGAAUAAGAAAAACAAUUCAAUCCAUUUAAGAUUAAUUUGACUCAAGCAGAAUAUGUAACAGCAUUAGAAUUAAUCAAUUUUUCUUUGCCUUUUUUAUUAGGAUGGGAUGCAUUGUACACUCCUCAAUAUUCUGAUAACGAUGCUUAAGAUUGA